UGAUAGUACUUAUCAUAAUUCAUCUUACCACUUAUCAUAAUCGACCGGCCGCAUAACUGAUUUCAUUCUCGCGAAAGCGAUAGCAGAUAUUAUAUCAUAGAAUCUCAUGGCGUCUUUCACUUGCUCUGCACCUUCACUUGUUGGGAAGAAAAAGGUUCUUUUCAUAAUGGGUGCAACGGGCACGGGCAAAACCAAGUUAUCCAUCAACUUGGGCACUCAAUUCCCUUCUGAAGUCAUUAACUCUGACAAAAUUCAAGUCUAUAAGGGCUUGGACAUCAUCACAAACAAGGUACCAGAGUCUGAACGUAAUGGCAUUCCCCAUCAUUUGCUAGGCAUCAUCGAUGAUCCUGAUUAUGACUUCACAAUUGAUGACUUUUGCAAGCAUGUCCUCAUUGCUCUCGACCUCAUCAUUGAAAAUGGACACCUACCUAUUAUCGUGGGAGGCUCAAACACUUACCUUGCAACAUUGCUUGAGGAUCCCAACAUCGCAUUUCAUUCCAAAUACGAUUGUUGCUUCAUUUGGGUCGAUGUGUCUUUACCUGUGUUGUUUCAGUAUUUAGAUAAAAGGGUGGACGAAAUGCUUGAUGAAGGAGUUGUUGAUGAGAUUCGAGAAGCUUUUGUACCUGGAGCAGACUACUCUCGUGGGGUUAGAAGAGCCAUCGGAGUUCCUGAGCUGGGAGAGUAUUUCCUUGUUGAGAAGGAAAUUAGUGAUGAGGCUGAAAAGGAGAAGAUGUUACAACGUGCUAUUGCUAGAACCAAAAAGAACACUUGUAAGUUGGCUGAGAUGCAACUCUUAAAGAUCCAUAGGAUGAAUUAUGAGCUUGGAUGGGGAAUGACCAAAAUUGAUUCAACACAAGUGUUUGAGGCUAUUUUAAAAGGAGUUGAUUAUAAGCACCUGUACCAAGAAAUUGUGUUCAAACCAAGCAUGGAGAUAGUGAAAAGAUUCCUACAGGAGACAACUCAGAUGUGGGGAAAGACUCCAUGUCAGAAUGGCGAACAAGCGACGAUUUGUGCUUAAAACAUUAUUAAAUUGUUCGUCAACUUGUUGCGGUUAAUAA